GUGUUGUGUGCUGGGUGUCAGUCGGAGCAGCGUCGAGAGAAACCCGUCCUGAAUAUCUGAUCGACUGAGUUUUCGCCUGUUGCGUUAUAUAGUUGUCCUUAUUCUUUCUCUUUCUCUGCUGCCAAAAGAAACAAGAACAAAGGUAAAAAAAGAGAGAGAGAUUCGAUAUUAUUCCUCCAGCCCUUGCAACACACCCGCCAGCCCACCACCCUGCCCCCCCAAAAAAAGAGAUUUAUAUGCAUAGACGUUUUCCAGGCUCUCCACCAGCACCGAAAAGUUGUCUCAACUCUCCCCCAGCAGCAGAUAGCGACGCAGCAAUCGUCUUAUCGCGGAGCGCGACAUGUCAAACCGGCCCAGCAGCACUGCGACAGGAGCUGCAGCUUUCUACCCGCGAGACCUGCUCAACGACCGCCAGGUGAAAAGCUGGGGAAAUGUUCCGAGAGAGAACCUGCGGGACCUGCUGGACCGCAUUCGACUCAAACGUCAAAGUGGAGCGGCCGUUCCAUGUUCGACUACUACGACGCCAUUUUUCUUUAGCGAUUGGAAAACGUCAAUCCUUAUGGUAAUGCUGGCCUGUCUGCUCCUGGCCGGCCAAGCCACUUACUCACCCUUCAUUUGGCGGGCUGGCUCAGCUCUGAUUUCGACACUUCUGGCCGGCCGCGAUAACUACCAGCAGCAGUGUUACAUCCAAAUGCCAGUGGACAAUCGAAACGUAUUCCGGCCGCCCGUCGACUGCCAUUUCUGUCGGGACGUCCAUCAAGUCGACAUUGUCCAGCACAUUUCUCCGCAGGAUUUUGAAUCGACUUAUGCGUACAGCGGUCGGCCGGUGAUCGUGAAAGAUGCGCAGGCCAACUGGACGGCAGCGGACGUGUUCAGCUACGAAUUCUUCAGCGAGUUGUACACGAAAGAAUUCGGCGGCUCAUCGUCGGCUCGAUCUCGUCAUCAGCGAUGUCAAUUCUUCCCGUACAAGACGGAAUUCCGCUCGCUCGACGAGGCUCUGACGAUGGGCGACCGGCGCAAAUCCGAGCGGCCCUGGUAUUUCGGCUGGAGCAACUGCGACUCGCAGACGGCCGACGUCCUGCGACGCCACUAUUCCCGCCCUGACUUUCUACCCGAACGAUCCGAGUCGUCGCGCACCGAUUGGAUCUUCAUGGGUACCAGCGGAUUGGGCGCCCACAUGCACGUUGAUCACGUCAGUUUGCCCUCGUGGCAGGCCCAGAUCCGCGGACAGAAACUCUGGUCGCUGGAGCCACCGCCCGAAUGUUUCUACCAAUGCCAGUCGAUGGAAAUCACCGUGCAGCCCGGCGACACCAUCGUUCUGGAUACCAACAUCUGGUACCACAAGACGAGCGUCGUCUCCGAGGACAUCAGCAUCACCAUUGGCUCCGAGUACGACUGAGGAAUUACGUCAUUUCCGCACUUGACUUUUAAAAGCACACGGCCUAUUAUUUAUUUGUAGACGUUUAAUUGUAUUGGCGUUGAGCGUUAACGUACAAGUUGAGUUUGUCAAAGACAUUUGUGAUUAGUUAUAGUCAUAUAAUUUCAGCUAAUAGGAUCAAUGUUGUAAGGUACAUUUUUGGUUGGGCUGUUUUAUCGGCCGUAGUUGUAGCCCAGCGGAUAGGGAAUCACUCCACCGUAGCCACCGUAACCAUAGUAACCGCCAUAGCCUGUAAGUAAAGGGUAUCCCACUAGUACAGUUGCUCCGGCAAACGGGUAAAAUCUUCGAGCAAGUGGCAAUGCGUAACCUGGGCGAGUUCAAUCAUUUCCGUCAUUUUAUUCUUUAGUAUGUUUGAAAAAUUCAUCUUUACCGCCAUAGCCGUAGCCAAACCCCUUGUAGAUUUUCACCUUGGAUUCACUGGGCUCCAUGUCGAGGGCCGUUGAAGGAUCGUCAAUGCGUUGCUGGGCUAGUUCGCCAGCUGCUGCCGGAAUGACGGCCAGCAACGACAUCGAGACCAACAGCAGGAGGAGGACAGUCUGUUGAAACAAUAAUGGAGUUUCUGUGUUAUACAUGUAGUCAAAACUUUCCCUUUUAAAAAUGAUUUUCUCUUUUGCUUGUUUGAAUCUUACCGGAACAAAUAGCUUCAUGUUUUUCUUUUAAGUGAUAUGCCGAAACACUAUUCCGCAAGACGUGCUGAAACUGUAGACCUAUAUUAGUAAUGUAUCUAACAGAUAUUAAAAGUCGGUGUUAACUGAGGACUUGACCGGUAGAGACUGUGAAAUUUCGUUGGCUGUUAUCGCCCAGCAGCUUUCUUUUCUCUUAUAACUUUUUUGAAUUUCGUGAUGGAAUGGUGAACGGAAAACAAAAGUCAGACACAAACGGGGUAUAUUACUUUUCCCGCUUUCUUCCUGGCCGGCCCAAAGCUGAUGGAUGGAUUUGCGCAGAAAAGUUGUGCGUAACAAACUUGUUACGAAGGGCGGAUUCUAUUAGUAUGGAAUUAAAAAACAAUUACAAACGCCCAUUUUGGUUGUUCUGAAUCAGCCAUCGGUCAAUGAAAGGUUAUGCAUAACUGCUUGUCAAACAUGGGUAUAGUGUUACUGUUGUCUUGAUGUUGUCAUAUGUUUCUAUUCGCUGUGUCGCUAUAUUACUACUCCGUCUGUGUCUAGAAAAUAAACUGCUGAUCUGUAAAA